AUGGGUUCUGCAAUGGAGGCAGCACCAGUGCUGUCGACUCCAGAUGCUCGCAUUCUCGAGGAGACCCAGCCUGUCUCCGGCGACGCGAAAGCCCACUCUGACGCCGAACUCUCCAUCACCUACGAUAUCGAGCGCACACUGCAAGAGAUCCGCCAGGCGCGGUACAAGCGCAUCGCCCUCCAAUUUCCAGAUGACAUGCUCCCCGAUGCGCCGCGAGUCUUUCAACUCCUAAGCCGUGGUCUCAACACCGAAGAAGUCGCGAGCGCGAAUGGUACGAAUGGCGCGCCGGCCAUUGCCCCGCCAAACGGCCCUGAUACAGAGGAAAAAAUCGCGCAGUCAGUAUCUCGGCUGUCUGUGGCAGAAGACUCGGAGAAGUGGUCUCCUCGAUUAUAUAUUCUGGCCGACACUUCCUACGGCACCUGCUGCGUGGACGAGGUGGCCGCCGAGCAUGUGGAUGCGGACGUCGUAGUGCACUACGGACGAUCCUGCUUGUCCCCGACGGCCAGAUUGCCAGUGAUCUAUGUGUUUACGCACAAGGCAUUGGCCUUAGACCCGGUGCUAAAUGCCUUCAAGGAGAUCUACCCUGACCUGGCCACGAAAGUGGUCCUCGCUGCCGAUGUCACAUUCUCGGGCCAUGUGUCUGCACUUCACGCUCGCCUGGUAGCGGAGGGUUACCUCAAUGUGUUUGCCACUGAAGUUGUCCACGAGCCCUCCUCCGCCAUUCCCAAUCGCACCGUACCUGAGUCGGUUCGAGAAGCCCCCGCAACCCUUGCAGACUGGCAGUUAUUCCAUAUUUCCGACCCGCCAACGGCUCUGCUCUUAACUCUUGCUUCUCGUGUCGCCGCCAUCCAUAUCUAUCCCACGAAUCACCCGAGCAACAGUAAUGUUAAACCACUGCCAGCAUCCACCUCAGCCGCCCUACGCCGGCGCUAUGCAGUUCUCACUUCCUUGAACACUGUUCCGAUCUGGGGCAUCUUGAUCAACACCCUGAGUGUCAAGAACUACUUGCACAUCGUGGACCAUGUGAAGGAGCAGAUUGCCGCCGCAGGCAAGAAAAGUUAUAUGUUUGUCGUGGGCAAACUCAACGCUGCCAAGGUGGCCAACUUCAGCGAGAUUGGUGGCUGGGUGGUCAUUGGCUGCUGGGAAAGCUCGCUUGUUGAUAGCAAGGAUUUUUGGAAGCCCGUCAUUACCCCCUUUGAAUUGGAGCUCGCGUUGAAGGACGAUACCGAGCGGGUAUGGACGGGGUCGUGGCAGAGUGACUUCCAAGCUGUCUUGGACAAGCCUGCGGAGGAAUCGACCGGCGAUGAACCGGCCACACCCAACGGGGACGCGGAUGAGGAUGACAUGUCGGAACCCGAAAGUGCUGCGCCCGAGUUUGACCUGCGCACUGGACGAUACGUCUCGCAUUCCCGUCCUAUGCGCGAUCCCGCACCCCGCGCCUCCUCCCAGAUCGAUGGGUCGACUGCGGCUGGGCCAUCUGCUGCUAGAGCCCUUGCGCGGCGAGCUAAGGGGGAUUUAGCGAUGAUCGGCGGCGCCGUAUCACCCGGCGCCGAAUUCCUGCGGUCCCAGCGGACUUGGAAGGGGCUCGGGAGUGAUUUCGAUAUCCGGUACGAUGAGGAGGACCGAUCGGACAGCACCUUGGUCCAAGAAGGGCGCAAGGGCAUCGCGAGGGGCUACACAGUGGGCGAAGCGACCGAGAAGCAUUAG